AUGUUUGACAUAGAUGCAAUAUUACAAUAUUUUGUUAUCUUUCAUGCAGAAGGAUUCAUUGGUGUUAACAUAGGAACAGACCUUUCUGACAUGCCACACCCAACUCAAGUAGUAGCCCUCCUCAAGGCUCAACAGAUCAGACACGUCCGACUCUAUAACGCUGACCGUGGCAUGCUAGUUGCACUUGCAAAUACAGGCAUUCAGGUCAUGGUCUCUGUUCCCAAUGAUCAGCUGCUGGGAAUUGGUCAAUCAAAUUCCACUGCUGCUAAUUGGGUUUCGCAUAAUGUUGUAGCUCAUGUCCCAGCUACAAACAUCACAGCCAUUUGUGUAGGUUCUGAAGUUUUCACUACCAUUCCCAAUGCUGCGCCAGUCCUUGUCAAUGCCAUGAAGUACAUUCAAUCAGCCCUUGUUGCAUCCAAUCUAGAUCGCCAAAUCAAAGUUUCAACACCCCUUUCUUCCUCUAUUAUCCUUGAUUCCUUCCCACCAUCCCAAGCCUUCUUUAACAAAUCAUGGAAUCCUGUUUUGAUUCCCAUACUCAAUUUCUUGCAGUCUACUGGGUCACACUUGAUGCUCAAUGUAUACCCUUACUAUGACUACAUGCAAUCAAAUGGCGUAAUUCCAUUAGAUUAUGCACUUUUGAAGCCUCUUGCUCCAAACAAGGAAGCUGUUGAUGCUAACACACUUGUUCACUAUUCCAAUGUCUUUGAUGCUAUGAUUGAUGCAACAUACUUCGCCAUGGACUUUCUAAACUUCACUAACAUUCCUGUCAUGGUAACUGAAUCUGGCUGGCCAUCAAAAGGUGAUUCCAAUGAGCCGGAUGCUACCAUAGAUAAUGCCAACACUUACAACAGUAAUUUGAUUAGGCAUGUGCUGAACAAAACGGGAACUCCCAAACACCCUGGAGUUGCGGUUAGUACGUACAUUUAUGAGCUUUAUAACGAAGAUUUGAAACCCGGGCCAGUCUCUGAGAAGAAUUGGGGAUUGUUUAAUGCAAAUGGGGAGCCUGUUUACAUAUUGCAUCUGACCGGGUCAGGUUUAGUGUUGGCAAAUGACACUACGAACCAAACAUACUGUACUGCAAGGGAAGGCGCUGAUCCAAAGAUGCUUCAAGCUGCUUUGGAUUGGGCAUGUGGACCUGGCAAGGUUGAUUGCUCUGCUAUGUUGCAGGGAGAACCGUGUUACGAACCAGACAAUGUGAUUGCACAUGCAACUUUUGCGUUUAACAGUUACUAUAAUCAGAUGGGGAAGGCUCCUGGGACAUGUGAUUUUAAUGGUGUGGCUGCUAUCACCACUACAAAUCCAAGUAAGAUUGUACUUGCUUUAACAAUCCACUGUCAUGGUACCUGUAUAUUCCCAGGAAGCACCGGCAAGAUAAAUGGUACCAUGGUAAAUAUUACAGCCCCAUCGAUGAAUUCCACGAGUUCGGCUCCUUCUGCCCGAAAUCUUUACAACAUUGGUUAUAUGAGCUUCAUAAUUGUUCUUCUAGGAGGAAAUGUUUUCCUUUGUCUUGGUGGAGGUUUAGAUGGUCGGCAGAGCUUGAAGCUGGCAUAUGCCAUGCUUAUAGUGAUGGUAGUUGGUGCACCCCUAGCACAAGCAGCCAUCUCAUGUGGUCAAGUCACAAGCAGCUUGUCACAAUGCAUAGGCUACCUCCAGAGAGGUGGGGCUGUGCCUCCACCUUGCUGCGGUGGGAUCAAAUCUCUCAAUUCUCAAGCCAGGACCACCCCUGACCGCCAAGGGGUUUGCAACUGUUUGAAAUCCUUGGCUGGUCGGGUCUCUGGUAUCAACUAUGGCUACGCUGCUGGCCUCCCUUCCAAGUGUGGCAGUGAGAUGAAGAAUUGGAGAAGCAAUUUUCAGCAGGGUAUGAAGUAUAGUGAUAAGCUAGUGCUAGAAUAA